AUGUACUUCAUUCAGAUAAUAGAGAUAAAUUUGUUAAAAAGUUAUUCAGAAAACACUAAAGCUCUGGUCACAUAUUUAGUUCAGCCUAAAAAUCUAUAUUGUAAUAGAGAUGUUGCUUGUAAUUGUGCCAAAGAUGAAAGAAUUUGUAAUGGUGCUGAUAGUGAAGUAGCUUGUAAUAGUGCUUAUAGUAACGUAGCUUGUAGUGAUGCUGAAGGCAAAGAUAUUUGUAAUGGUGCUAAAGAUGGAGUAAUAUGUAAUGGCACUAAUAGUAAAGAUACUUGUAAUAUUGAAUAUGAAGAAGCUUGUAAUGAUGAUAAUGGCGAUGAUUCUUGUAAUAAUUCUAAAGGUGAUAGUAUUAAAGAUUGUCUUUUUUUGACUAAUAUUUAUAUAUGA